AUGGAUACUAAUUCUACACCAUCAUCCAUUAUAGUUCGUUCAUAUCAACCAUCUGAUUUACCUGCAUGUCAAGCAAUAUUUACCGAAGCUCAUCUUGGAUAUAAUAGUCCAAUGGUUCAUAUUAACUUUAUUUUACAAGCAGAUAUGGCUGAUAUUGAAAAGAAUUAUCUACAAAUUCCAGGUGGACAUUGGUGGGUAGCUGUUUCAACAGAGGAUAACCGUAUUGUUGGACAAGUAGCUGUUUUACCAAUGCGUUUGGGUGAUUCAUCAUAUUAUUCUGAAGCACCUGAAGAAGAACGUGAUCAAAUAUGUGAAUUAAUUCGAAUGGGUAUUAAACAAGAUGUUCAAAGACAAGGAGUUGGAAAGAAAUUACUUUCAACUUUGAUUAAUUUUGCUCGUGAAAAUGGAUAUCGACAAAUUCAUUUAACUACUUUAACGAAUAUGCAUAAAGCAAAUGCUUUCUACCAAAGAAACGGUUUCAUAAAAGGUCCAAUAGUGAAAAAGCCGCUCGUUGAUAUACCUGAAAACGUCGAUGAUAAAACAAAAUUUAUAAGUAACAUUCCGAGUUCUGCGAUUUUCGAAGUGGGAGCUAUUAUACCAGAUGAGGAUCAACGUUUAAUGAAAGUACCAAUUAGUGAAUCAAAAUGUGCAUACAUUCAACAUUAUUCUCUUUCAAUAUAA